AAGUGUUUCAUGGGCCAGCAAACAUCCUUGUCUUUGAAGCAUGCCACCCUUUCUCAAUAUAAACAAACAACAGCUCAUACUCUGUCCAAAAUUACAUAAUAGAGUUUGAUGGAAGAGAAGAAGAAGAGCAAGUUGUGGUUGAAGAAGGUGUCUUGGCCGUUUCGCUGGAAACGACUGGAUCUUCAAACGACCAUCAUCGACACCCUCGUUUUCAAGAUACUCUACGCGGCUGAGGCUGUAGUCCUUGUCUCCACCCUCUGUUUCUUCUACCUUUGCUGUGGCUGCCACUUCUGAAUCAUCAUCACCACCACCGUCACAAAACAUGAUUUAGCUAAUUUCACCUUACAAAUAUGUUUUUUAUUUUUUUAUUUUCUUCUCCAAUAAAAUAUUUAUAGAAAAUAAUUGUCCAAAUAUUGUUAUUUCAUUCAUUUUUUUCAU